AUGCGUGGCUGGCUGGGAAUCGUGGUUGGUACGAUGAACCCCUGUUCGCGCCAGCGGAAAGCCAAGAUGCAGCCCAAGUGGGAAUCCCGAGCGACUCAGUUGGUUGGGCUGGAAUGCCUCGAGGCCAAAUAUCCCUGGCACAUCGGGGCGACGCAUUGGGGUGCUAUUCGUCAAUUGCGAACUGGGCCACAGUGA